AUGGAUAAACUACAAAAUGGUCAGAUGAUCGAAUGGGACGAUCUCGAUAAGAAACGUUACUAUGUGAUUGGUCCGAGUCUAUUCCUGUUUGUCCGAGCCUUCAUCUACCCAUUCACAUUCAUAAAGACACGACUGUUCAUGCAGCCCCAACACACCAUCUACAACGGUACUUUCGAUGCAUUCAGAAAAGUUAUAAAAUACGAAGGCAUUCUCGGGUUAUAUAAAGGCUUUAAUGUGAGCAUUUUAGGAUUAGCCGCGGGGCAAAUGUAUAUCACCACAUACGAACUAACUAGAAGCCGAUUGGUAGGAUAUUCUACAGAGGUCAAAGGUCUAAUAGCGGGAGCUACGGCUACGUGUGUUGGACAGACCGUGACUGUACCGAUCGAUAUACUCUCACAGCACCUCAUGAUGGAGGGUCAGGUCACCACGGCAACAACGAGGCCAAGAGCACCGUACGUCCUAGUCAAAAAUACUGAUUAUAUAAUACCUGAACAAAAGGUUCGAUUUCGAAGUGCAGUGACGAUUGCUCGUGAGAUAUUUGAGAGAGAAGGACUUCGUGGGUUUUAUCGAGGCUAUGGUAUGAGUCUGCUAACAUAUGCUCCCAAUAGUGGACUAUGGUGGUCCUUCUAUGGUGGGACUUUCAGGCUGAAUGUGGAGCAUGGGUUGACAGAUGUGUUCCCAGUGGCUGUGGUGCAGGCGUAUUGUGGAGUGGUCUCGGCUAUUGCAGCUAGCAUCCUCACCAACCCUCUGGACGUGGUCAGGACAAGGUAUCAGCUUGCAGCUCGUGACUCCUCACUGAUGUCCACUGUGCAGCGGCUCUGGCAGGAAGAGGGUGUGGCUUUCUUUCGUAAGGGGCUGAGUGCACGGAUAUGGUCCACUGCUCCCACCUCGGCUAUACUAGUAGUCAGUUAUGAAUGGGUCAAAAGAAUGAGCCUAAAAACGAAUUCUUAGAUAGUAAUAUUAUAAUAUAAUUAUUAGCUUAAUUAGUGUAAUUAUGUGUUGUGCUGUGUUUAUGUGUUGUUUUGGUCUAUUUAUCAUUUCACGGUUAAUAUUUUUAUAUCUCAUGUCAACAACAAAUUGUAAAGAAAAAAUAAUAUUGUGUCUAAAUACGAAAAUGACAUAAUUAUUACAAACCUAAA